CAGCCCCCCGCGGUGCGGCUCUCGGGAGCCCCGAGCGGCGCCGGUGACGUCGUGGGGGCGGGCGGCCAAUCAGAGGCGCGGGGCGGGGCGGCGCGGCGGACUCGGCGGCGGUUCGCUCCCGGUCCCGUUGCGGCCAUGGCCCAACACGGCGGCCCCGCGGUGCUCCCGGAUAACCCAUUCCAGGACCCCGCCGUGGUUCAGCACCGGCCCGGCCCCGACAGCACAACGCUGGACGCCUAUAAUCCCUUCGAGAGCGGCGCGCCGCCGCCGCCGUACCGCGCUCUGCCCGACGCUGCGCCGCCGCCACCGGGAACCGCGCAGCCCCCGAGGAGACCGAGCCCAACCGAACCGCGCAACUACGGCUCCUACGGGACGCAGGCUUCGGCUGCGGCUGCCACGGCCGAGCUGCUGAAACGGCAGGAGGAACUGAACCGGAAGGCGGAGGAAUUGGACCGGAGGGAACGGGAGCUGCAGAACGCGGCGCUGGGGGGCAGCGCUGCCCGAGCCAACAAUUGGCCCCCCCUGCCCUCCUGCUGCCCGGUGAAGCCGUGUUUCUAUCAGGACAUCCCCGUGGAAAUCCCUGCUGACUUCCAAAAGACGGUCACUGCCAUGUAUUACCUCUGGAUGGCCAGCACCGUCGCUCUGCUCCUGAACUUCUUCUCCUCGCUGGCCUGGUUCUGUGUGGAUCCUUCCUCAGGUUCUGGUUUCGGUCUCUCCAUCCUCUGGGCUCUGCUUUACACACCCUGCUCCUUCGUCUGCUGGUACCGGCCCAUGUACAAAGCGUUCAGGAGCGACAGCUCAUUCAAUUUCUUUGUCUUCUUCUUCGUCUUCUUUGCCCAGAAUGUGAUGUACGUCCUGCAGGCAAUUGGGAUCCCAAACUGGGGGUUCAGUGGUUGGAUCGUGAGCCUGAUAGCGGUGCGGGUGAACAGAGCUGUGGCAGUAAUGAUGAUCCUGGUGUCUUUGCUCUUCACAGCGCAGGCAACGUUGGGUAUUAUCAUGCUGAAAAGGGUGAGCAGGGGGAGGAGG